AGAGAGACUAUAACAGAAGUUGCAUCAGACAGCAGCAGAGAGUGGAGAGACUGUGCAGUAAACCAUGGAUGACAUGUGUGAGGACGACCUCUGCUGGCUGCAGCUGGAUGACUUCAGGAUGCUGCUCAUUAAAAACAUCGACCCUUCAAGAAUCACUCCAUACCUGCGACAGUGCCAGGUAAUCAGUGCUGAGGAUGAGGAGCAGCUCUUUAACGACCCCUCUCUCGUUGUCAGGAGGCGAAAAGUCGGAGCUCUGCUGGACAUCCUGCAGAGGACAGGGGUCAAAGGUUACACAGCCUUCUUGGAAAGCCUGGAGCUGGAUUACCCUCAACUGUACAGCCGCAUCACCGGGAAGGAGCCCAACAAGACCUUCAGCAUCCUACUCGACACUGCGGGUGAAUCUGGUCUUACCCAGUUCUUGAUGUCCGAGCUCAGUCGUCUGCAGAGGGCGCUGCAGAACGAGAGGAAGCGUCGCCAGCAGGCCUGCUCCAUGGCCAAAGAACAAGAGGUUUGGUCUCGGCGGCAGCAGCUGAGAGACCGAGAGCUGAGGAAGAUGACGGAGCACAUGCACAAGGUCCGUGAGGAGCGCGAGCGGCUGAGCGAGGAGGUGAAACACCUCAGGGAUCACAACUACAGUCUGAUGGCGGACAUCAACUCUCUGAGCCAGGAGAGGAGCAACGCCCUGCUGGCCAACAGAGACCUGCAGAUAGAGGCGGAGCGUCUGAAACACACGGUGCUACGUGCUGAGAGUCAGACUCGACUGCUGAGACGAAGAACACUGAGGCCGCUGCAGGAGAGCAGAAGCCUGGCGGCCCUGCCUACAGAGACCUUCUUCCACCCAACCAGAUUUGAGGAGAAAAAAGAGGAGAAAAAAGAGGAGAAGCUGGAAGUGAAUAAGGAGGAGAAGCAGGAGACAAUGCAGCAGCUGAUGCUGCAACAUCAGCAUCAGCUGCAGCAUCAGCAGCUUCAGCAGCUGCAGCAGCAGCAGCAGCAGCUGCAGCAGCAGCAGCAGCAUCAGCAGCGAGAGAGUCCAGCUCUUCCUCAGAUGAACCUCCUCACCACGAUGUUUAAACUGAGAAAGGAUCUCCACAAAGCAGAGGAGCAGAGAGCCAGGUGCCUGGAGGAGAAGGAGGAGCUGGAGCUGCGGUGCGCUGAGCUGAAGGGAGACGCCAGGAUGUACCGACAACGAAACAAACAAACCCUCAGACAGCUGGAGGAGGUGAUCAGAGAGAGAGACAAGGCUCUGUCGUCACGGGCCGAGCAGCAGGAGGAGGCGCGGGUCCUCCUGCAGGAGAAGGAUCAGUACAGGGAGCAGGUCCGACAGCUCACCGAGCAAUCGGAUAAACUGGAGCUCCUCCUCCUGAAGACGCAGGGGGAGGAGCUACAGCUGAGGACACGCCUCCGCAGACUCACCUGCAACACUCACGAGGGAGAGAGGAGUGUGAGCAGCGAUGAAGAGGAUGAGAAUAAAGAGAACGCUGCUAAAGGCAGCAGUGAGGAGGUCCGGAGUGGGACUUCAGGGGAGAAUGAGGAGGCUGCAGCGCUCCAGCAGCUCAGCUCUCCUGUGGGAGGAGGAGCAGAGCCUGAGGAGAAGCCCUGCAGUGCUGCAUCACUGGAGGAGGAGACAGACGACUUCCUGACCUCCAUGAGUCGACCAAACUUCUUUCACCGCAGGAAGCGGGCCCUGAGGUCCAAACUCACCUGUAAGGAGUUCCCGGUCAGUAACCAGGAUGACAGCAGCGCGAGCUACAUCACCGACUCCGACUGAACACGAAGACUCUGAAUUUGUUUUAUUGAAAUAAACAUUUUCUGUUUUAUUCAGUC